AUGGGCCUCAACAUCACGGAGAUGCUUACCCCAACAAGCUCUCCCUUAUAUGGAAUCAUCCUAGGCAACGUGGCUAUACCUCUUGGACAAGUAGUCCUGCCAGUUACCUUUUUGACCAAGGAGCACUACCAAACUAAGUACAUCUGGUUCGAGGUGACGGAUUUCGAGACUUCUUAUCAUGCUAUCCUCGAAAGACCCACAUUGGCCAGGUUCAUGGCUAUCCCGCAUUAUGUGUACCUGCUACUCAAGAUGCCGAGACCCAAUGGAGUCCUCUCCCUCCGCGGAGACUUGAAGAGAUCAUACGAGUGCGACAUUGAGGUCGUGAAAUUGGCCGCAACUACUCAAGUGCCUAAUUCAACGCAACAAGUCUUCACCGCUUCAAAGAAGCUCUCCCCGACAAAACUCGAAAUUCCAGAGAACAAAUCGGGGGUUACCAAGGUCAAGCCGGCAAGCGACGUGGACUUCAAAGCCAUCGACCUCAAGACCAACGACACCUCCAAGACAGCCCUGAUCGGCACAAGGCUAGAUGCUAAAUAG